CCCAUUUGAACACCAUGGUUCUAUUCAAGCGCCCUCCCGAUGAGAAGGGGUCCGUAUGGUUCUCCGUUCUGAUCGGCGUCUUCGUGGCCUUUGGCGGUCUUCUUUUUGGCUAUGACACCGGCACCAUCAGCGGCGUCAUUGCCAUGAAAUAUUGGAACGAGCGUUUCUCCACUGGCUACAUCGAUGCUGAUGGGAGGCCGGCCAUUAGCCCGUCCCAAUCUUCCCUCAUUGUGUCUAUCCUUUCGGCUGGUACCUUCUUCGGUGCUUUGGCUUCUCCCUUGCUGGCGGAUAAGAUUGGUCGGCGAUGGGGUAUCAUCAUAUCCUCUUGGGUCUUCAACUUUGGCGUGUCCAUGCAAGUAAUUUCUGUCGCCAUUCCUCUGUUUGUAGCCGGGAGAUUCUUUGCCGGCCUUGGAGUUGGCCUGCUUUCGGCUCUUGUCCCGCUCUAUCAAUCCGAGACCGCCCCCAAAUGGAUCCGUGGAAUGAUCGUAGGCGUAUAUCAACUUGCAAUCACCAUCGGCAUCCUUUUCGCCGCCAUAGUCAAUAAUGGCACUCAUGAACGGGAGGACACCGGCUCGUACAGAAUUCCCAUUGCUCUCCAGUGGCUCUUCUCGCUCACUCUCAUCAUUGGCAUGCACUUCCUUCCCGAAACUCCCAGGUAUUGCAUCAAGCGAGGCGACAUGACCCGUGCCACCCGAGCCCUGGCCAGAAUCCGCUGCCUGUCGCCCAAUGAUCCCGCCAUCCUUGCGGAGAUGGAAGAGAUCCGUGCAAACUACCAAUAUGAACUGUCACUCGGUAACAGCAGCUACCUGGACUGCUUCCGUAAGGGCAUGUUGAAGAGGAUGCUCACAGGCAUGGUACUUCAAAUCCUGCAGCAACUUACCGGCGUCAACUUCAUUUUUUACUACGGUACUCAAUUCUUCGAGAACUCGGGCAUCUCGAAUUCCUUCUUGAUUAGUAUGAUCCUAGCCACAGUCAACGUUCUCUCGACGGUCCCCGCUGUCUUCAUGUUCGACAAGUUCGGUCGCCGCCCUUUACUCUUGUGGGGUGGUGUAGCCAUGCACAUAUGCCACUUUAUCGUCGCUACACUCGGUACAUCGACAACGAGUCAGACUGCCACCGGGGUCAUUAUCGUGCUCAACGUUGCUGCUCAAAAAGCAUCAAUCACUUUUGUGUGCUUGUUCAUUGCCUUCUUCGCCGCAACAUGGGGUCCCUUGGCGUGGGUGGUAACUGCAGAAUUGUACCCACUGAAGCAUCGGUCGCAGAUGUUGAGCAUUAGCACAGCUACAAACUGGUUAGUAAACUGGGCCAUCGCCUACUCGACUCCUUACCUCGUCAACUAUGGUCCCGGGUACGCAAACCUCCAGUCAAAGAUCUUCUUCGUCUGGGGUACGGCCUGCAUGCUCUGCGUCGGCUUUGUCUACUUUUACAUCUAUGAGACAAAGGGUCUAUCUCUGGAGGAGAUCGACGAAAUGUACCAGACACCAAAUCUCAAGGCUAAGGACAGCAGCAAGUGGCGGCCGAGCGUCCAUUUCCGAGAAACCCCGCUCACGGAGAUCACAUACCACAAGGCUACUGGUGGAAGUCCUGCUCAGGCCGAGGCUGCUCCAGUAGCUGAGACCGCGGAGAGAGCUGAGCGCGAGGCUGUUCCUACCCUUCCUAAUCUUACUACAGCUCCCAAGAUUGGGCCUCCUCCUCCUCCUCCUGAAAGUGACGAUGUCCUGAAGACUCUGCAAGACGCUGUCCUUCGUCCUGCAGGAGCUUUCGCCCACCCUGCUACGCUGAACCCGGCCUGGAAUUCCCAUUCUCCCUUGUCCGCACAAAUUGCGCCGUCGAAUCUUCCGUCUUCCUCUCUUGCUUCCAACAGGUCUGCCCCGUCCCUGGGCACGACUCCCAACGAAGGUGGAACUAGUUCACCCCACCCAGCGCGAAGAAGCUUCGGGCGUUGAAUGUCAGCGGCGACAGAAUGACUUCCCACGCUCUUGCUAUACAUUUCAUCAGUGGGGUGGCAAAGCCCCGGCAUGAUCUAGUGCCGUUUUGAAAAAGCACCGUAACGGCUUAGUGGGAAUGCCUUGAUAUCGGACGUCGUUAGGCGUAUAUGAAGCGACUAAUCUGCGUUUGUGUCCGGGGAAGUCGUUUCGAGGACUCGCAGGUGGUGAGGCAUGGGAUGGAAAAAGCAGAGUCAUUGGUCAAGAACUGGGCAGUGGCUUCACAAUUGUAAGGAUUUACCGCUGGUUAUGAGAUGUAGCUGUAAUACGUGGGUUUUCAAAAGAGACUUGGCCCAGAUAGAGAAUGGUGUAGGGUGCUGCAUCGACAGGGACACACGAGCGCGGUGCUUAACGUUAGUUUACUUCUUGUGGUGGGAAGGGAUAUCGAGGACUUCUCAUCCUUGUUAAUGGCCAACUGGGGAGGGUAUCACUUGCCUUGUAUCUCUUGCAUUGGAAAAAUAAAUAUCUUGUUC